GCGAAGAAGAGUCGUCUCUCUGACGUCAUCGGUGUGUUGUGGACAGUAGGGGCUCGAGCAAGAUGGCCGGCUCCAAGGUGAAGCAGGACAUGCCUCCUGCGGGAGGUUACGCUGCCUUUGACUACAAGAGAAAUCUACCAAGAAGAGGACUAUCGGGUUAUAGCAUGUUUGGAAUUGGCAUCGGCGUCAUGAUUUUCGGUUAUUGGAGACUGUUCAAGUGGAACCGGGAAAGACAGCGCUUGCAAAUUGAAGAUCUGGAAGCCAGGAUAGCGAUGAUGCCGCUUCUUUACGCCGAGCAAGACCGCAGGACCUUACGCAUGAUGAGGCAAAAUUUAGAAGAGGAGGCGGUUCUCAUGAAGGACGUUCCAGGCUGGAAGGUCGGCGAGAGCGUUUAUCACACCGACCGCUGGGUCACCCCGCUGUCCGAGGAGCUGUUCAACCUCAGGCCACGGGAGGAGUUUAUACAGCAUCGCUUCGGCUUCUUGCAGUAUCUGUAAAGCACCCGGGAGGUGAGGGCCGCCAUUCUCCAUCACUCAAAUGAGAGCCUCCUCUGAGUAAAGUCUAUGUUGUAAAUGUUCCAAUAUUAAAUAUCUUUUCCUGUAUCUCA